AUGGAGAACGACGGGUCCCCGUGGAACUUUUACCCUGACGACACGCAGUACCCAGUUGAAUCGAAUGACCCAUUGAAUCAUACCGCUUCCAACCCUCACGAGCCUCGACCGGUUGAAAACCCAAAAUACGCAAAGCAUAGAAACUUUGACUGCAGUGAGAUAUACGAUACAUAUGGGAAAUUGUUCGGUGACACCUGUGACUCGAUGAAAUAUGCCGUUUCCCCAACAAAGUUGUCGCAGUGGGGAUUUGACUUUAGCACAGAUAGCGACAGAGAUGGAGGCGAUAUGAUGCCCAUCAACGCGGAGGCAACCGAUUCCAGUGGCAGUCCAAUAGAAGGUAGAGCUGGCUCGUCCAUGAAUAUAUCCGGGCACUGUAGUGGGGAUAAAAGGAAAUUCAAAAACAGGAAACAAAGAGGGAAGAAGAAAAUGUACGGUGCCGAAGAGGUUUCAGCGUCCCUUGAGCAAAUGAUCAGUGUUGGUGAGGAUCUCGCUUCCAUCGCGAGAUCGACGGAGAAGGGUGUAAUGUCAGUGACCGAGUCCGUUGACGAACUUCUGUCCACUGGUCAUGUACAAGAAGGUGACGAGCUCUACCUCUUUGCACUGUGGUUCUUACGAGAGAAAUCAAACCGAAGUUCGUACUCCGCUGCCAAGACACCCUACUUGCGGUUUAAGUUCGUGGAGUACUGCUUCGAGAGAGACAAGAAUUCUCGACCCCGUAAGGUGUGA